AUGCCGAAGGUCAUCGCAGAACUCAUCCAGAAAGGUAUAGAGAAUCCUAAUCACAUUGGUGAUCAAAUGACUCGUUACAACAAUAUACUCUUCUCGAGACUUGAAUACGGGAAUAGCCCAUCGUGGCAGGCCACGUGGCGUGAAUGUCUGGUCAUGCCAGGCCACAUGGCGGUCGCCGUCAAGUGGGGUGACCGCGCUGACCACGUGUGGGCGGCCGCGUCGGCGCUGCCCCGGCAGGAGUGCGUGGUCAGCGCGGUCUCCCCACUCGACGGCGACCGACACGUGGCCUGCCACGACGAGCCGUACCCGUAUGCCGUUUUCCAGUGCCACAUGACGGGGCGCUCGUCGACCAAGGCGUACAUGAUCACGCUUAGUGGACGCAGCCCGGCGGUCACCAUGGCGGCGCUCUGCCACCGCGACACCUCCAACUGGAAUCCGGCGCACCCGGCCUUCGAGAUGCUGUGCCACUUCAUGCCGUACGCCAAUCUGGUGUUCGGCGAGAAGACGGGCUUCCCUUAUUAG